UUAGGAUUUCGGCGGUUUUUAAAAAUAUAUUUAGUAUUUUAAUGCUUUACUUACCGGUACACAUUUUUGAAGCAUUUAUUUUAUAAAAUGAAUAAUACUGAUCCCUUUCUUAUGAAAAUAACACUUCAAUGGUGUUGUGUACUUUAAUCCUGAUGCCUACAUCAAGCCACCUAAUAGUACAAUGCAAACCAGAGCAGGUGCACAUUGCCUAUGGAAACAGCUUGACGGAGAUGGUGGUGAUGUGGACAACCCCAGGGCAGUGUGAGUCCCAGGUGUGGUAUGGCCCCGGGCCCUGGGAUAUGACAGAAAAAGUGCACGCUACUAAAGUGACCCUCUCGUACCUCGAGCCAACGAAAGCGCCAAAAUACAUAUACAGGGCACUUUUGAAUAACUUGAAGCCUGGUAAGACAUACUACUACAUGCCUGCCAGUAACGAUGUCUACAAUGAGCCAUUAUACUUCAAGACGCCACCUGCUGAUCCGUCUUGGUCCCCUGAGUUCUUGAUAUAUGGAGACAUAGGCAUCCACUCCAAGAGUUUGGCCUUACUGGCACAGGAAGCGAUGCAUGGGAAAUAUGAUGCUGUGCUGUACAUUGGUGACUUUGGAUACAACUUGUAUGACAGCGUUCCUGAUGGGCAAUAUAUGGGAGAAAAUGUGUGUGACAUUUUCAUGCGACAGAUCGAGGAGAUUGCUUCCCAUGUACCUUACAUGACUGCCCCUGGAAACCAUGAGAUUGAACCCAGUGAAGAUUUCAAGCAGUAUGGUGUUCGCUUCUCCAUGCCUAACACAGAUUGGCCCAUUCCUUUGACCAAGAUGUGGUACAGCCUUGAAAUUGGACCAGUCCAUUUAAUUAGCUACUCUUCGGAGGUGUUCUUCCUUCAAGACAAGCGCUACAUUGAGGCCCAGCGUCAGUGGUUAACUGCAGACCUUGAGGCUGCAAACAAGAACCGACCCUCUACCCCAUGGAUUAUUGCCCUUGGGCAUCGUCCAAUGUACUGCUUUAAUAAUAACUCGGAUGAUUGCAAGAAGAAUGAUUCCUUGGUCAGACUAGGAUUGGAGGACAUGUUCUUCAAGUAUGGGGUGGACCUUGUGAUCCAGGCCCAUGAACACUCGUACGAGCGACUGUGGCCCAUGUAUAAGGGCGUGGUCCUUGCAGAGAACUACACCAACCCACGGGCUCCCAUACAGCUGAUCACGGGUUCAGCUGGGUCAAAACAUGGGGUCGAUACCAUGAUGGCUUUGAACGCUUUUCGUAUGGAUGGCAAGGCCCUGAACAGUUACUCUCGUCUCAAGGUGUACAAUGCAACAACUCUGUACUGGGAGCAGGUGGCUGUCUUUGGAGGGGCCGUGCUAGACUCUAUCUGGGUCACACAGGAGUCCCAUGGAUCUUUCUCCAGUAGUGCCUUCCAGGGCGAGCAGAAAGUGAAAAUAGACGAGCAAAUUAAGGUGGACGAGCAGAACCUUGAGAAACACAAUCUGCGACAGAAGCCGGAGACAACUGGCGAUGCUUUUAAGGUUAAGGUGUCUAAAGUUAUUCAAGGUGCUGAUAUUAAAGUGAUCAUCGGUGUAUCCUUUGCUGUGUUCAUACUGGUGUUCUUGUUGGUUGUGUGUAUCGUUCGUGCCUGCAGUGGCCAGAGGACUAACAGUAAUUGUGGAAUGUGAUAUCUGGAGAUAUCUGGAUUCCCACCCUGGGAAUAUUCUCAAAAUCUUCCCUAAAUACCCAACUCAUAGGUCUAGGGAAUGAAUUGAAGUGUUUAAGUAAGCCAUAAGCCACAUGCACUUGCUGCCUCCUUUUGUUAAACAAAUUCUUUUUAUUUUGUUAAACCUUUACCACUUACAAAAGUAUUUUGACGCAUUUGUGGCCCCUUAGAAAGUUAAAUUUAAUUAAAGACCUUUCUUCCCAGAGAAUACUUUUUAAGGCACUAUUUCCGACCCUUAAAUACUAAUAAGCUGCAGACAGCUAUAAAUGAUGUUUGCACAUAGCCAUUUUCACUUUGAUUCUGAGUAGGAAAGGGUUAAAGUAAAUAAUAAUAAAUGACAAACGACAUAAUACCUAAUACAAAUGUUUGUUUGUCAUGACUUGAAACAAAGAUCUAUAAUAAUAAAUGACAAACGACAUAAUACCAAAUACAAAUGUUUGUUUGUCAUGACUUGAAACUAUUAACUAUUUAAAUCUUAUUAGCAUCGCAAACACUGUUUUUUUUUGUUUAGAAAUGAUGUGCCUGAAAUAUUAACUAUGAACUUCAUAAUGCUUUAUAUGCCCUAAAACUAUUGAAUUCUGCUACACUUGCCUGCUAAGUUUCAUGGUGUUUUGGAAAAUGUUUAUUCUGUAUCUUUAAAAUACUUAAUAUAUGACAUAAUAUCAGUUGUGUUUCUAUAAAUUUUAGAGUUAAAUGAUUUUGAGUGUAAAACAAUAUAUAUAAUACUCAAAUUCCAGACCCAUUAAAAGUAGAUGAAAGAAAGAUCAAAAUUAUGUCAAUUUUUAAACAAUCUAGACAUUUAAAAAGAGAGAUAGGUCACAUUUAUCUCUAAAAUAUCAUUAAAAAUAAAGUAAAAAAGUUGAUGGAUAUGUUCAUUUUUCAUCAAAUCUGUCAAUAAUAUCAAUAUAUGUGUUCAGUGCAAGUGUGGUGAUAAUACUGUGGAUUGUUAUGCAUGGUGAGUUUUAUCACAGCUGUUGAGGUAAAGUAGAAACAGCUGUGAUUGUUGUUGAAAAGCUCCUAAAAGGAAGGGAUUGGUUUAAAAGUGACAAUAUCACAUUAAAUUUGUCAGUGUCAAAAUACUUAACUGUUUAUUAUAAAUGACCAUAAAUGGCCUAAGUUUGCUGCAAGUUUUUAACACUAUACUAUUCAAACAACAACAUUAAACAUGCAACAGUCAUUCUGAAGAGAUGAAUUAGAUGAAAAGCUUUGGGAAAAGCUUCAUGCGUAUUAUUAACAAAAAUUUCAGAAAUCUGAUACAUUGUUAGUUUUUACAUGGAAACUCAUUUUGCCUUAUGGUUUAUUUGCUUCAUCCUCACUUUAUGAGAUUAUUAUUAAAAACGUGUACAUGUAUUUAAUCUUACUUUUAUAGUUGUUGGGUCAUGAGCAUGUUUCUUAGAUGUAAUAUUUUUGUAUGAGGUAUCUCAUAUUGACGUUUAUGGUCUUAUAUGAGCCGUGUCAUGUGAAAAUGGGUCGUAUAUCAUAUGGGCCCAGCGAAUCUCCAGGCCAGACAGGGCAUUCGCACAGUCUUGAACUACCCUAGCGGCGUAUUGCACAAUACCUAUUUUCACAUGAUACGACUCAUAUGUAGAUUUGCAAGCUUGAAAUUUGCAGUUUUGUUGUAGUGGCUUACUGUUUCAGUUGUUCAUGCAUUUACAUGUGUUCAUAUUCAUGUAUUAUGAAAGUUGUGGCAUGUUUUGAAAUCAUAUCAUGUUCUUACAUUGAGAACAUCUACUACCUUUACUUGUGUUUUAGUACAUGUAUUCCAGUGAUUAUGUGUACAUGUAUAUCUAAAUACAGAUUGUUGGUUUACAUUGUUCUUUUUUACACUUGCCUGCAUUCUGUACUGAAUUUUCUAGAAUUAAACAAAAAUAAGACAAGAGACUUUUGAAUAGUUUGUGUUUCAGAUAUUGUAUCACACUCAAAAUAUCUGAGUCAUUUUGAUUUCCUUUGUAUUGUCUGACAUUAUUUGAAGUAUGAAUUUACAUUUAAAUGUAUAUGAUUUAUGUACUGACCGACGUCUGGAUUGUUUUCAUCUCACUGCUACCCAUCUUGAUUUGAUGUGUUUAUACAUUUGUUGAUCGUUUUGUCAUUGUGACUGAAUCUUUGAACUGUAAAGCAAAGCUUUUGGAGAGUUUUAUAUAUAUAAUCACUAACGAAAAACUUGAACAAUGAGACAAUGUAUGCUUGCUCUACAACAAUACAGCAGAGGCUGUUGGGGCUAGUGACUCCAUGACACAAGUUUGUAAUAUACAUUAUUUAUAUGGGUUAUACUACUCAAAUUAUAAUCAUGUAACUCUGAUUCAAUGGAAUCUCAGAAUGGUAAGACAUAAUUACCUGAUAUGAGUCUGUCUGUCAAAAAAUAAGUUGUGCAAUUUGUUUCCUUUUGACAGCUUCCUAAUUAUGUUUAAAACAAUAGUUUUUGCAUUGAACAUUUCCUUGAUCUCAAAUGUUCAUGAUUAUUUUGCAUAUUCUGGGUUGUCAUCAUUAACAGAUUUUCAAUCAAAUUUGUUAGAAAAUCGUUCAAGAACCUAAGAAUUUGUUAUUUGUAUUACUACAAGGAAACCCCAUAGAUAGAUUAAAUCAAUAAGGUCUGGACAACUUUUUAAUUUAAUUACAAUAAUCCUGUAUUAAAAUGUAGAUAGUGUGUUGCAAACACACAAAACACAUUCAUAUUUGUAGUUAAUUAUUGAUUUAUACAUGUAUUUAUUUUUAAGAUUUUUUUAAUUAAAUGUUUAGGUGGUGUUUUUUGUCAUGUUUCAUAAGUUGAACUUAAAUGUUUUCUUAAUUUGAGUCUUGAUGCCUGUUCUGCAGUGACCCCUAAAGAAUAAGUUGGCUGUUAGAAAGGUACAAUCCUUACAAAUGUUCUGCACUUUGUUUGAGGUAUAAAUUGCAGUUUUAGUUAGUUUUGUAUGCAUGAAAUAUAUCAUCUCAAUGCAAGUUUACAUGAAGUCCACAAGUGGAGUUGCUCAAUCAAACUUAAAUUUUAUAUAUGCAGUUUGUCAAUAGUCUUUCUGGAGUUAUUAGCAUUUGUGUCUCUUUGUACAACAAAGAUUACCUUAAACAAGAUUACAAUCACAUUGACUGACAAUAUCUGUUUAUGAAAAUUAAAUGACUGUCCAUGCAUUGGUAUUGCCCAAAAUCUCUUUACUUCCAUAAUUUCUGGAAGAAUUGCAUUUUUAAGUUCACAUCUUUAUGUGGGGUACAUUUAAAAUAAAUGAAUUUCGCUCUUUUUUUUCUCUUCCAAAUCGAUCUGAUGUCACGACACAUCAGUGUGACACAUGCAAGUUUAGUUUUCGCUAUGAAGAAAAUGAUGCACAUGCAACUUAGAAUAACAAUUUUAAAAAGAUUAUUUUCAACGAGUCCUUUUAAGUUAAGAUUUAUAUGUAUGGUGUUAAGCAAAUGCAGAUAUUUAUCUAUAUGUAAACAUUCCGUUUAUUGAAUUUUUGUCUUAGUUCUAUUUAAUUUCAGUUCCAUGACAUUGUUGAGUUCAAUAAAAAAUAUAUUUAUAAAUAUAAA